CUGCCAUGUAGAGCGUCUCUUCUCUCUCUACCUGUCCCAUCGUGACUAACCGUGUGUGUAUCGCAGCUACGGUGGGUGCUCCGUCUGCCAUGCAACCACUUCCAUCUAUCUGUCUCCUGUCUGGUGGUCACAUGGCAGUGGACACCACUACCAAACCCCCUCCCCUCCCCGGCACUAGUCCAAACUCACACGUGAUGAAUCAUCCUUCAAACACUACAAAAACGACCCACCCAUCCCCCACCUAUCUAUCUCGUGUCUCCCUCCCUUUCUGGUCCGCCCCCUUUUUACAUGUGCUGCCGGGUGUAGUGGGAGGUUGGCGGAUACAGGAAUCCCUGCGCGACCCCAGGUGUGUGGGGAGGUGCUGGGCCGAGUGUGUGUGGAGGCGGGAGGGGCCGCAUUGGCAGGGGAGGAUGAGGGAAUGGUGCAGAGUGGGGCGGCAUGUGGUGCGGUCCAUACAUGAAUGGGAACGGCGGAGGCGGGGGCAUCCCCGGCAGGAGGAAACGAACGCCAAUGAACUCUGAUGAACAGACACCAGGCAGAAAGAGAAACAGACAGCGGAGUGAACUAUGGACUAUGUUGAGGCGGUAGUUCACUCCGCUGUCACUGACUUACCGAGCAUCUUGACGCACAGGUGCCACUUGUAGGGGUUGCCGUGGAUGACGAUCGGACCCAUGGGGGACGGCAUGCACACGGGCUUCACCAUGGACUCAUACUGCGUCAUGAAAAACGCACAGACAUGCAUUGCAAUCAAUAUCCAGCCUUGUGUGUGCAUGUCAUGGAUGAGGCACACCCGCAGGAGCUCGGAGGUGAUGGUCAGCUUGACGGCGGGGUCCUUGAGCAUGUUCGCGAAUAAAGGAGGAAUGCGAAAGAUGAUCUCCAGGAAGGCAAAACGAGCCUGCUCAGGCCUGCACACAUUGAAUGCAUACAAAUGUCCACAGCCCAAAAUCUGUCUGUGCGUGGCCGUCCAUUCAUACGUAGGGUUGGCGCCCAGGCGUUUCAUCAUGGCCGGCCCCCACGCAUCUCUCCACCAGCGGUCGUUGGUCUGGGAACAAACUGACAGAGAGGGAGACACACGUGUGAUGUGUCGCGUCAGUUCGUGCCUCCUCCUGGCAUAAACACACGCGUGUGUAUCUCCUGCAAGCACCUGCAUGUACGCGUGUCGAACAUGCAGGGCCUCCUCGCGAUGGCCGGACAGCAGUAGGUUGACCGCCAAGAUGGCACCGAGUUGGCAGCCGCCGGGCAACUCGGGAAUCGACACGUAAGGCACUGUAUUGCACGCAUUGCACUCAUCACACACACAAACGCAAAAAAGCGUUUGGUAUAUACUUGUAUGUGUUCACCUCCUUGGAGUAAUUGGCACACUUUGGUGUAGUCCUGGUUGAAGAGGUACGGCAUCAUGAGCAUGGAAGCCUGAAAAACCUUGUGGAUGGGCUUGUAAUACUCACACUCCUCCGGGGGGCUGCUGGACAACACGCGAUCGAACCCUCCAGCACUGGCAGGCAACGGUGGGGAGCAGUCAGUGCCAGUCACAUAUUAUCUGUGUGGACCCUCCUUUCACUCACCUCACUACGAUGGCCUCCAGCAACGUGCAUGCCCCGGCAGUGUCUCCAGUGCCAAACCUUCACAGACAUGUGCACGUCAGACAAGCAUUCUUGCCCUACAUUCGCGUUCCUCACCUCUUGCCCAGGGCAUAGAGCUUCGAGAAGAUCGGCGGCGAGUAGUAGCGCAGGGCCAACUCCUAAACACAACCAGCGAGUGCUCCUGGUGUGUCGUGCCGUCAAAAUACUUACCCCUUCGUGCGGUGUCUGCGGUGGAGGAAAAGGGAAGGGGGGUGCCCCGGGAGGGCGGUGGCGCGCCCACUGCCUCUCCAUCUCAGUUAGCAUGAUGGAGUCACUGACGGCCUUGGCCAUCCACACAUGCGCCCGCACGCUUCCGUGCCGACGAAUCUGUACAGGCAGGCAAAAAGGAAUGAUAAGAAACUAGGUGCGACUGGGUGCCUCCCUUCCUCCCUCCGUUCCUGCCCACGUCUGUACCUGUCUGAGUAGCGAUGCGCCAUAUUCCCAGUCGGACGGCAGCGACUGGCUCCCGCGGAUGUGCAGCACCACAAAGGCCAACCCAAGACCUGACAGAGAAAGCGAUUCAGGAGCGCCAAGCGCUUUGGUAGUGUCCUUCUGUCUGUCCAUUUGUACGGAUUCUUCCGAGUAUCUGCUGUCCGUCGGGAGGCAGAUCCGCGCCCAUGGCAGAGAAGAGCCCGUCGAGACGCAGGACGACGUUGACCAGACCUGCAAGACGCAGAUCGAUCAAGAAGAGGGGCAUUGCAUGCGUUGACAUAACGAUGUUCUCUGCAGAGACAUAGAUACCCUCAAUGAAGUUGGCCCCAUCGAGCAUGUCCAGCACCAUGCCGUCCCACCCCUCCACUGCGGGCGCCGUGUCGGCCGUUGGGUCGCCCGCCAUCUGCCAGGGGGGAACCCAAAACAUUGGCAUGGGAGCGGCAUGGGACCUGAGACACCAGGAGAUAGUACCGAUGGAGGCUCAUCUAUAUUUCCUGCCCGUCUGAGUACAUGUAGGUGAAUUUGAGUCUCUUCAGCAGUGUUCUGGCGUUGUCGAAGUGGUUGAUGGCCGUGGCCACGGCGCACACCAGCUGGCGGGUGAGCUCCAGGACAUUGCCCACGGCAGGCACUACUGUCAUGAUGGUUGUCCACAUAGCCAGGAACGGGGCAUCCUCGGCAUCUGUGUUGGCACAUAAUUGCAAUACACACGUUUAGAGGCACGUGAAUGUGUGUGUGGCUGACCGGCAGCCGCGGUGGCAAGCUGCUCGAUUUCGUCUGGAAAGAUUUUGAGUAUCUGUUUGAGGACCUUCAUGAAGGCUUGGGCGAAGACUGUCUCCCCCAUGACCAUCGAACAGCACGCCAUCACCUGACCGACACCAACGAGACAUGACCACACGGCGUGCGGGGUGCUGAUACCUGUACGGCCUUCCUUUGUGUGUCGUCUGUGGGCUGGUCGUCAUCGUCACGAUACACCGACUUGGCAGCCUGGUACCACUGCACGUGUGACACGAAGGAAUGAGUCAUGGGGGUGUCCGGCUGUCCUGUCCUAUGUGUGUCUCUGCGUGUGCGACGCCUACCUCUUUUGCGGUUUUGUGUGCCUUCGAGUAGAGCUUCUUGGCCUUCUUCAUGUCAUCGUCGCUGGCCUUGGACACGCCGCUGCACCAUGGCACACAGAAGCCAUGACAGCGGAUGACAUAACGGCACGUGUGUGUCUUGUUUGUGCCCGUCCCUGUUUACCUGAUGAGGUAUGCCUCCGCGAGUAGGAAGGACGACACGGGGUCCUUGACGUCAUCGGGAUCCACAUCAGGCGACACCAGAGUAUCCCACACCAUCGACAGAGCUGAUACACGGAUACCCAACACAACACACACCAUCCAAAUGCAGCCAGCCUUUCUCCCCCCUCUCCCUGCCUGUCUUCUUUUCUUACGUACCUCGUCGCGCCUCGGCAUAGAUAUCCCAGUUGACGUAUAUGUCCUCCCACUUGACCUUGGUGCGCCCCAGCCACGGGAACAGCCGAGACACACUGUCUGCGGACACAUAGCAUCGCCACCCAUACAAAGAGAAACAGACAGACGUCUGCCGCGUCGCCUGCAGGGCUCUCACCGUCGUAUGGAAUGAUUUGGCUGUUCUCGGCCGUGAGCUGCGAGGGCACCGCCAAGACCAGCAUACCUGACAACGGACCAUACACACAGGCACCCCAAUGACCGAAGAGAUGUGCUAUCGAAUCGCUUUUUCUCACCGUCAGGUGUGACGGGAGUCGCCUGUGCUGCAGACGAUGAGAACGAACCCGAGUUGCCGCCGACGACGGGAGGUCCCAGCAGGACGGCUCCCUGCUGCUGCGAUGAGGAGGCUACGGGGAACUGAUAGGGCGUUGCACUGGCCAUCGGCACUCCUGAAUCGAUAUCCAUGCCAUCAAUAUGCAAGAAUGCACCGGGGAGAAUGGAAUGGCAUGUCAUUGAAUACCUGGAUUGGACGGGACGGGAAGGAGCGGCGGUGGCAGAUAGGGCGGGAACGGACCUGAUGACGUCACGGCCACAUGCAGAGUGACCUGAUGGCUCAUUGCUGCCGUCAUUCACCUGUGAAGGGCACACCGGGCGGCCGCGGCCCAGUGGGACCUUCAGGACAACAGAGGAGAGGGUUGUGAUGUGAGAGCAAUGAUGUUCUGCUGAUGUCAUUACCUCCUCCAAGCCCAGACAUUCUGAUGUGAUGAUGUCCUCGUU